GAAGCAGAGAGAGGAAUGGAAGAAGAGAGAAUUGGGGUAGUGCUGGCAAAGGCAGUAGAGCUCAGAUUGAAGAUCAGCAAUUGCAUCCACAAAGCCACCACUCCAUGUAAACAGAAAACACAAGGAGGAGAAAAUGCGGAAGAAGAAGGAGAUAAAGAAGACAGCUUUCAUGUAAAUGGAGACAAAAACCCCUUUCAAAACCCUGAAACUGAAGAAGACGAUGAAGAAACGGAGAGGCUUUUGAAUAUCGGAGACGCUCUUGAGUCCCUCGAGAACCAGCUCUCCAGUUUGCAGGCCUUGCAACAUCAACAACAUUAUGAAAGAGAAGUUGCCCUUUCUGAGAUCGAGAAUAGCCGCAGGAUGUUAUUGGAUAAGCUCAAGGAAUACAAAGGGGAAGGCUUGGAAGUGCUACGGGAGGCGUCAGAAUUUGCUGGUGAAACAGUGAAGCAUGACAAUGAUCUAUUGCUUCCUCCCUACCCAAGUCGCCCUCCACAUUCCCUGAUUACAGACAAUGGCUAUGUAUCUCACUUUGCUUCUUCGCAGAAGUCUGUACAUAAUGGGAUAAUCAACCAAGACCCAUUAAAUGAAGUACAGGGGAAUGGAAGCGAGCCAAUACUGAAGAGAAAAGAGCAGUCAGGUAAAGGCUUGGUGCAUUUGAUCAGUGCAGCUACCAAGACAGUACUUACUCUUGUUGGUGUGGUAUCUGUGUUAAGCUUGUCUGGUUUUGGACCUAAUUUUGGGAAAAGAGGCAUCCCGUUUAAGGUUCCGUGCUUGUUUCAGCACCCAGGAACUGAAGAAAACAGAGAAGUCAUCCGAUGUCCACCUGGGAAAGUCUUGUUAAUGGAAGAUGGGGAAGCUCGAUGUGUUGUACGGGAAAGGAUUGCAGUUCCUUUGGAAUCAAUGGUUGGGAAACCAGAUGUAAAUUAUGGGUGCGGUUUCAUCAAUGGACCAACUGGUGUGGUUCUCCAGAGCUCUGAAAAGUUGAUGAUGGCCAUGAACACCAUGGAAAGCAUAGUUUUUACAGAGGAACAAGAGGCACUGGUGGUCAAGUCAUGGAAUACAAUGAAGAAGAAUUCUGCUGAAUUGGGUCUCAAGUUCUUCCUCAAGAUAUUUGAGAUUGCACCUUCAGCACAGAAGCUGUUCUCAUUCCUGAGAGACUCAAAUGUUCCUCUAGAGAAGAACUCAAAGCUCAAGUCUCAUGCCAUGUCUGUCUUUGUCAUGACAUGUGAGUCAGCAGUGCAGCUAAGGAAAUCUGGGAAAGUGACUGUGAGAGAGUCAAGCUUGAAAAAGCUUGGAGCUGUCCACUUCAAAUAUGGUGUAGUUGAUGAACAUUAUGAGGUGACCAAGUUUGCACUCUUGGAAACAAUAAAGGAAGCAGUGCCAGCAGAAAUGUGGAGUUUGGAAAUGAAGAAUGCUUGGGGACAAGCUUAUGAUCAUCUGGUUGCAGCCAUCAAGACUGAAAUGAAACCCUCUUCUUCUUAAUUAAUUAAUCACAAUCCUUGUCAUUGAUAAAACUAUAAAAGGAAUGAUUGUCUCAUUCUUGUAGUAUGUUCUUAACUUCUUAUCAUCUCUCAAACCAUUACAAAUGUGUUUUUCUUACCAUAAAAAUGUCUAUUGUUUGUGUACGAGGACCCGUUGUGUGUACUAAAUAAACUUGUGGAUCCAUGCAAUAAUACGUAAAUUAUGUGUGUCAAGCAAGU